AUGUCGACCUUGAGGCGUCGCUUCUUGGGUGACACCUCUUCCUCCACAGAGCCUUCGUGCGAGCCAUCACCAGCGAAGGGCGAACCCGUGACCUUGGUAUCACAUUCACGUCUCAAAGAGCUCAAAGGGAAGAGAGGCAAGCGAUGGCAAUUUUCUAUCUUUGGUUUGGGGGGCCUCUUUGGUCUAGUCGUUGCUGCACUUUUUGCCAAUCAGCAUGAUGUUAUCAACCUCGAGGGUCUGGUAGAUUUUAAUAUGGAAUCUUUGCUCGAUGUCAUACCGGCGGGCAUUUUAAAGGAUGCGAAAGACAUAACACGACAUGAGCGCGAGACCGUCAAUUACGAUUCCUUCUCCGUCGGCCUACAUCUACAAUCGCAAGGCGUCCGGGCUUUGCAUCCAGUCAUUAUGAUACCGGGCGUCAUAUCGACUGGACUAGAAAGUUGGGGCACAGAAAAAGAAUCGAUACAGUAUUUCCGGAAAAGGUUAUGGGGCAGCUGGAGCAUGAUGAAGGCUCUGGUGUUGGAUAAAGCGAGCUGGAAGAGGCACAUCAUGCUGGACAAGCUCACUGGACUCGAUCCCCCGGGAGUGAAGCUUAGGGCUGCGCAAGGGUUCGAUGCUGCAGAUUUCUUCAUCACUGGGUAUUGGAUUUGGGGUAAGAUUUUGGAGAACUUGGCGACUUUGGGAUACGAUCCAACGAAUGCAUUCACAGCUGCUUACGAUUGGCGACUGUCUUGUGCCAAUCUAGAGAAUCGUGAUCAUUACUUCACCCGCUUGAGGUCUCACAUAGAAACGGCAGUGCUAACAUCAGACGAAAAAGUUGUACUCAUUUCCCAUAGCAUGGGUUCUCAGGUCCUCUUCUACUUUUAUCAUUGGGUUGAGGCUUCAGGGCACGGUGGGCCAGGUUGGGUCGAUAAGUACGUGGACUCUUGGAUCAACGUCAGUGGUUCCAUGCUUGGCGCUCUUAAAGGCCUUCCGGCGGUCCUCUCCGGUGAAAUGAAGGACACGGCGCAACUCAACGCCUUCGCUGUUUAUGGUCUGGAGAAGUUCCUCGGCAAGGAUGAGCGCUGCGAGAUCUUUAGGUCCAUGCCUGGCGUUUCAAGUAUGCUACCCAAAGGUGGCAAUGCGGUGUGGGGCAAUAAAACUUGGGCACCUGAUGAUCAGCCUGAUCAGACAGUCAGCUUUGGGACGUUCAUUAAUUUUAAAGAGAGCAACUCGACACAGUCACCCAGCAAUCUCACUGUGGAGGAGAGUAUAUCAUAUCUCCUCGAACACAGUGAUACUUGGUACAAAGACCAAAUUCUCGAUCAUUACUCUCAUGGAGUGGCACAUACUAGCGCCGAAGUUGAAGACAAUGAGAAGGACCACCGCAAGUGGAUGAACCCCUUAGAAACCCGUCUUCCGCUCGCGCCGAACCUGAAGAUAUUCUGCUUCUAUGGCGUCGGGAAAUCCACAGAGCGUAGCUAUUUCUAUAGGGAAGACCAAGACCCUAACAGUAGUCUGAAUGUCACGAUGGAUACAUCUCUAACGAUGGGGGCUGUCGAUCAUGGCGUUAUUCCAGGAGAAGGUGACGGUACGGUGCCGCUGCUGAGUAACGGCUAUAUGUGUGCUAAAGGAUGGCAUCUCAAGAGAUUUAAUCCAGCCGGCGUGAAGAUAAAGGUUUAUGAGAUGCCGCAUGAGCCUGAUCGAUUUUCACCCAGAGGUGGGCCAAACACUGGCGACCACGUCGAUAUCCUGGGUCGGUCCUCACUAAACGAUUUGAUAUUAAGGAUUGCAGGCGGCAAAGGCGAUCAGAUCGAGGACAACUAUGUUUCGAACGUCCGAGAGUACUCGGAGAAGGUGAAGAUCUAUGAGGAAUAG